AUGAAUCCACUUUCAUCCCUCGUGACUGAUAGUCCCAUCAUCGGCCUUACCAGCGGAGCAAGCCCCGCUCACCCGCCAAGCACACCCUGGACGGAAACGCCCGUUCAGCAAAACACUAUAGAGGCUAGACUAGAAACCCUGCAACACGAAAUGGCAAAAAUGCAGGAGCAUAACAAUAUUCUUUCCUCCAAACUCGAUGACACUCAGAGGCCGAUUUAUGAUCAGUAA